AUGACAGUACCUAAAAUAUUACAUCUCCUCGUUCACCGUGUGGCCCGAUAUGAACGUCCAUUCAACACCCAAGAUGCGAUUCUCAUUUUAAAAUCUUUACAUCUUCUCCGUUAUCGCAGUGAUGAGGUGCGAAGUAUUUGUGAGAAAUGUGCCUUUGCCGUUGCCGCCUCUACUCGCAUGACUGUACCAAUUGAACGGGUAGUAGAUAUAUUAAAUGCCUUAUUAUCUCUUCAAGCCGCUUCUUUGCCAAUUGUGCAUGAAAAACUCGCUAGUCGUUUAAUAGAAUUAACGCCACAAACCGCUUCUGUUCGUGUGGCCCAAAAGGCAGCAGUUGUGAUAAUGAAAUUAGGCCGACGAUAUAGUAAAGAAACAACGGCUAAUCAUAUCUUUGAUGAAUUGAAUAAAUGGACUAUUCUUCAUCCAACAGAUAUGGCUUUACGUCUAGCAAUGAUUAGUGUCUUUGCAUAUACAAGUACAGCUAGACAGAAGAAUGUUCUUUUACUCCCAUUUCAACAACAAGUAAAAGAAGAAGGGGAAGUUGGAGAAAUAAGAGAAAAUGAAAAAGUAAAUAUUUCUAUAUUAGGAGAAGAAGAUAUAAAUCGUGUUCGUGGAGUUCUCACAGCGGCGGAGUAUAUUGUGGAUGCACAGAUCUUAUCUACAUUACGUGGAAAUAGUGCUCUUCAAGCCCUUCAUCUCUUACCAUUUCUCAAUAAUCAUUAUUAUCAUAAGAAGAGUAUAAAAGACAAUAAUAAUAAUAACAAUAAUAAUAAUAUAAACCGUGCGGAAGAGAUAUUAACAAAAUUAUAUCAAUCCUUUUAUACAGAAUUACAUAUAGAUACUAUUGUGCCUGGUGGAUAUGCACAAUUUCUUCAUGAUUUCCUUACGGAAUUUCCCCAAAGUGAAUUCUCACAUGGAGUUGUGCGGGUGUUGUCGGUAUUAGAAAAGAAUAACUUUUGUAAAUCCCUCAACUCUUAUGAUGUUGCGAAGAUUGCAAUGGCGGUGAGUCACGCCUUAACGAAAUGGUAUUCACCAUUAUUAUUAUUAUUAUCAUCUCAACAACAAGAAGAAAAAGAAGAAGAAGAAAUAAAGGAGUUAUUAUUAUUAUUAUUGAAAAAAUGUACAUUGUUAAUAAUGGUGUUGAAGAGUUUAGUGGAGCAAAUGGAGUUCUUUUACAAUACAUCAUGGAAAUUUCCACAUGGUCGUGUGGAUCCAAUAGCUGUAGGGGCUGUUUGGCAUUUAACUCAAAAAAUUGUAUCUAUUAUUAUACAAUCUCAACAACAACAACAAAGAGAAGAAAGAGAAGAAAAUAAAAAUAAAAAUACAUUGGAAAAAGAAUUAAAAGAUAUCGUGUCUAAAUGGAUUCAACUCACGCAUCAUAUGAAAGGAUCAUUACCAUCCGUAUGGUCAUGGGUAUUCUAUUCUAUGAGUAUGUGUACACGAACAUUAGUAUAUAAUAUAUUAUUAAAUACAUGUAUGGAAGAUCUUAUUCAAUACUCUUUUCUCUCUCAUAAUAAUAAUAAUAAUAAUAAUAAUAAUAAUAAUAAUAAUAAUAAUAAUAAUAAUAAUAAUAAUAAUAAGGAACUCUCUUUACGUACAUGUGUACAAGGUCUUUAUGCAAUUUCUAUCUUAAUGGUACCAAGUCUAGAGGAAAAAGAAUUUCUUCUUCUCUCUACACGAUCAGAGAUGAAAAGUGAAAUUCAAGAAAAUAUUAAAAAUCGAAUAAUGCGAUGGGAACCUAAACAUCCUCUGGUAUUAAAUCUCUUACAUCGAAUAGAAAAAUUUCGUUUUGGUGAUUACACUGCAGAUGAUGUACCAAUGCUUUUACAAGCUCUUACUAAUUUAAUAGAAGCUACUACUCUAUCUCAACAAGAAGAGAAGGAGGAAUCUUAUUCUAUACAUAUUAUUAUGAAAUUAAUAGAGAGAGUUUUACAUUAUUUAAAGGGAAAUCGUAAUAUGGAUUGGUAUCGUAAACAUGGUAUAACGAUUAUGUGUACAUUACACACUUUAGAAGAAUUUCUUCCCAUUAAUAUUGAUAAUAAUAAUAAUAAUAAUAAUAAUAAUAAUAAUAAUAAUAAUAAUAAUAAUAUUAUUCAGAGACUCUUACGAGAGACAUCUAAACAAUAUUUACAUCGUGUGGAAUGUAUGGAAAUAACAGGGAUAUGUACAGCCUUGUGUAGAUGGAUGGAACAGGCCGUCAAACGUAAACGUAGAGGACUUUUGAUGUGUGAAGACUCUCGUGAGGCUCUUCUCUCUCUCGCCGCUGUGCAAAUCCCACGGGUUUGUAAAGAAAUAAAGAAAAGAAAAAAUGGAAAAGAAAGAAAAAACAUAACAGACAUGUAUCUUUUAUUAAAUACAGUUGAACUUGCGCAUGAACUCGGUGCUACACUCUCCUUCAUGGAAUCCACACAUGAUACGACCAGUAGUCAUACCUCUCAUAAACAAAAUAAUAUUAAUAAUGAUAAUAAUAAUAUUAAUAUUAAUAAUAAUAAUAAUAAUAAUAAUAAUAAUAAUAUUAAUAUUAGUAAUAAUAACUCACGUAUAGUAGUAUAUUUAGAUAUUUCUUCACUUCUGAAUAGUCAUUCACUCACCGGCGUAGAUGCGGCUCAUAUACUGCGGCUGAUGAGUUAUGAAGUCCACAGUAGUGGAAUGCCACGGGCCCAAACGGCACAUAUUGCAGAACUACGAAAAAUUGCUCUUCACAGCCUUACAUCUUCCUCACCAUUUUCAUUAUUAUUAUUAUCAACAACAACAAAAACAACAAUGAGAGGAGGAGAAAAGGAAGAGGAAAAGGAAGAGGAAGAAGAAGAAAAACAAACAAAAAGAAGAGGAGGAGAAAAAGAAAGAAAUAUGGAAGUACAAAUACUAUUACACUUACUUCGUGCGAAUGCCACUUUACCGGCAUCCAAGUCUCUCUUUGAUAUAGAGAGUCUUAACUCUAUCAUGUCUGCUGUAUGUAAACAACUUCAUAAACUCCAUCAAUCCAAUAUAUUAAUAGGAGAUGCCAGUCGAAUAGUACAUGCACUUCUCUCUUCGCAGGUAUUAUUACGAUUAGGGCAUUCACUGCAAAGAUAUGAUGGUCUUUCACUCACAGUACUUGCGGUGUUGGAUGCCAUGGAGGCUAAUCAAACAGAGAAGCCAGAGACUAUCUUUAGACUUCGACUUCUCUCCGGAGCAUAA